GGUUGACCCGGAAGCGUCGCGCCACCGCCUACUUGUAUUGGGGUAGUAUUGCCAAUUUCCGUGUUUGUGCAACCCCGGUAACGUGUACCUGUUUCGUUGGUUGCCUGAGCUGAAAUUUGAAAGUUUCUCUCAAUGUCAAACUGGAUAUUAGAGAAAAUUUUCAACAACGAAAAACAUGACAAAAACUAUUCAACGAAGCAGAUAACGCGACCGAACGUCGAUAACGGGAGGAAUGUCGUCGACAUACGGAUAAACGCAUCGCAGAAAAAAUGCAUAAGCAGUCGUUUUGGUUCGGCAAGGAUUUGGGAGUGUACCUCGUCAAAGGUGUAAAUGUCCAGAGCACCGCGGGCCUGCUGGCAGUGUGCAUAUUCGUCGGAAGUAUGGCAUUUGCGUUCGAAUACUUGAGAUAUUUGCAGACUAAAUCGAAACAGAGGGAGUUGAAAUUACGGGCUAAACAGAUCAAGAUGCUGUGCCCCACGGAGAGCUCCAAAUUGCUGGCGCAAACCGUAAGCAAUCCCAGGAACCCCCUUAAUAUUACACUUUUCGAUAGAGCCGUAUUGUUUGGUACCGAUGUGUCUUUAUGGAUCUUGCUGCAGAAUUUAGGUUACUUAAUCAUGCUAUCCGUUAUGCUGUAUGACGCGUGGCUUUUGGUAUCCGCAGUUAUAGGGGGCGGUCUGGGUUAUUUUCUUUUCGGCUACAAAUUUAUGAAGAUUAACAUGGACAAUUGUCGCAUCAUCAGGGAUACGUAUUGUACACAAAUUUGCGCGGAAGCCGCAUUUAAGGCAGCCGAAUCUACGCCCGUUGCGGAAUCACCAUCCACAUCACAUAGCGACCUCGAAUGUCAUAAAGGCGGUCAACAAAAAAUCGUCUCUGUCAAUAUACACUCGGAAUGCCAACAGAUGACGUGACAAUACUUUAAACGUUGUACGGAUGAUAUAUUUUAAUAUCGAUAUUGUAAUAUUGCAAUUGCGGCGAAGUCGCAUACUCUAGUCUUUAUAAAAAACAUAUAUUUUGGUAUUGUUAUUUACGUGUUAUUGUUUUCUUCUAUGUAACUAAUUUAUAUGCCUUUCCUAAUCAACGAUUUCUAUGAACUCAAAAGUUAUCCAAUAAAAGUUGUUGA